UUAUACUCGCCGGACCAGGAUGGACUUGUUCUCCGAGCUGAAGAUCCUCCGCUACUUUUUAAUUUUCCUUGCUUUUUCGUUUUUCUACCGCACAGGAGAAACGAUGCAACCGGGAAAACAGUAUGCCACGGCCCUCGCUGCCAUCGAAAAAGGCGGAAUUUGCAGGAGCGUCACGGCGGAUACGCAUCAACGAGUAAGGGAUAAGGCCGACUGGACAUGUUACAACGCUUUCGUCACUUUAGACCGCAGCGGAUUCAACGUUUGCCGCGAUUGGCAACAGGCUGAGUGCCGCAGUAUCCAGAGUAUUGAGACUUGGGAGUGUUCGGUCUUCGUCCCGGGCUGGAAUGCGUUCAGCACCCUGGAAAAUUGCGCGCCGGACCUUCCGCAGCAGAGGCGACCCACUGUGACGAGUUGUUGGGGUGGGACAGGGCAAACAUCGGGAUCGGGAAAGGGUACUGAUGACGUCAGGAAGAAACGUCGUCAUAAUCUACGCUCACCCGCUGCAGGGUCCUCUAGAAAUUUCGAAUUUAAUCCAGGUUCCUCAUCAUCUGCGAUUCCUCCGUUUGGUCAAAGAGGUACCUCAAGCUUUGAUUUUACACAGCUUAAAAGACUAGGUAUUCCAAGCCUCCCUGGUGCAAGUGAUGAAGGUCAAGAGCAGUCAUCUGCGAUUCCAUCACACAACUCCUCGCAGACCGAUUUUGCAUGGAUUAAAAGAUUUGGUCUGGAAAACCCUUCUGAUGUAGGUAGCCAUGGUCAGGAUCAGUCAUCUACGAUUCCAUCGUACAAAACUUCGCAGGCCGAUUUUGCACGGAUUAGAAGAUUUGGUUUGGAAAACCCCUCUGAUGCAGGUGGUCAUGGUCAAUAUCAGUCAUCUGCGACUCCAUCGUGCAACCCCUCACAGGCCGAUUUUGCACGGAUUAGAAGAUUUGGUUUGGAAAACCCCUAUGAUGUGGGUGAUCUAGGUCAAUCUUAUGGUGCAGAGUUUGGAAAACAGGGUUCAUCAGAAACGGCCGGCAAGCUCCCGCGUUUCCAGUGUCCUGAAUGUUCAAAUUCGUAUAAAACUGAGCGGAUAUUACUGGAUCACAUGCACUUCCACAAAGGCGGGACCACCUGUCCAAUCGAGUGGUGCAGGAAGACUUUUCAGUUACGAAGCAAAUAUUUGAAUCACAUGAUCAAGGCACAUGAUAUAGGAAUCGACAAACAGCCUCUAAAGUAUGCUUGUGACAAAUGCCCGAAAAAAUUCGCACACGAAAAUAGUUUAAGUGCACACAGAGCGUAUCACACUGACGCCACACUUUGCGUAGCUUGUGGGCAUCGUUACGCAACAGAAUUUGCACUUCGGCGACAUAUUGAGUCUGUACACAAAGACCAAUCGCCAGCACCACACGAUUGAUCUCUUCAAGGUGUCUGAAUGGCUAUUAUGGACCUAAUAGAAAGAAAGGGAAAAAUUAGGUUUGUUAGCUAUCGUCAUAGGUAAUUUUU